GGCAGGCAGGGCUGCAGCUCGCAGCCACAGAGUUUGGGCUGUCUUUGCUUCAUCAUCCGAGGGGAGAUUUUCCAGCCGCGGCCGGCGGCUCGCAGAGUACAAUAAGCGGGGACGGAGAGCCGUUGGCAUGGGCCCCCCCUCCUCAUGAUGCGGUGGAGAGGCCGCGGCCACCCGCUCCUGCCAGCUGUCCUCGGGGUUACUGUACAUGGGGAGGACGAGCAGCGCUAAACAAGAACUUAAAACGGACGAAGGAAGAAAAACAUCAUCUCACUCAAAUACAAAGAUCUAAGAGGCUUGUUUUUCAACAUCCUCCAAAGCUGCGAGCAUCAGAAGUAAUAUUUUCCCAAAGAGUGCCAUCGUAUUGAAGUCACUUUAUUACAGAGACGUGUAUCUGCAAAACAAUCCAGAGACUAGGACCCUGGGAGCCAGAGAUGACAGUGAGCAGGCGUGGCUUGUGGCUCACAGUCUUCCAGUGGGGCCUGUGGAUCAGUGACUGACUGCUGCUGUACGGUCUCUUAUCCCCACUCCCUGGACUGGACUGCGUUAAGGAAUCCAUUACUUACCUUCAGACUUACAUGUGGGAGUUUUCACAACAGCAGUUUUGAGGUCAUUGAGACUAGGACUGAUUUCAUCAUUUAACAGAAAGGAACAGAGUCCAAAGUAGCUCUCAUCAUGGCCUUGAACGUUGCCCCCGUGAGAGACACAAAGUGGCUGACGCUGGAAGUCUGCAGACAGUAUCAGAGAGGAACGUGCUCACGCUCUGACGAAGAAUGCAAAUUUGCUCACCCCCCAAAAAGCUGCCAGGUUGAAAAUGGAAGAGUAAUUGCCUGCUUUGAUUCCCUCAAGGGCCGCUGUUCCAGAGAGAACUGCAAGUAUCUUCAUCCUCCGACACACUUGAAGACCCAGCUGGAGAUUAACGGGAGGAACAACCUGAUCCAGCAGAAGACCGCCGCGGCAAUGCUAGCCCAGCAGAUGCAGUUCAUGUUUCCGGGAAGCCCGCUUCAUCCUGUGCCCACUUUUCCUGUAGGUCCCACCAUAGGGACAAAUGCAGCUAUUAGCUUUGCUCCUUACCUAGCGCCCGUCACCCCGGGAGUCGGGUUGGUGCCGACGGAGGUCCUGCCCACCACACCGGUCAUUGUUCCUGGAAGUCCACCCGUCACUGUCCCGGGCUCAACUGCAACUCAGAAACUUCUCAGGACUGAUAAACUGGAGGUAUGCAGGGAGUUCCAGCGCGGAAACUGUGCCCGGGGAGAGACGGACUGCCGCUUUGCACACCCGGCAGACAGCACCAUGAUCGACACAAACGACAACAGCGUAACCGUUUGUAUGGAUUACAUAAAGGGGCGUUGCAUGAGGGAGAAAUGCAAAUAUUUUCACCCUCCUGCACACUUGCAGGCCAAAAUCAAAGCUGCGCAGCACCAAGCCAACCAGGCCGCGGUGGCCGCCCAGGCAGCCGCGGCCGCGGCCACAGUCAUGGCCUUUCCUCCUGGUGCCCUUCACCCUUUACCAAAGAGACAAGCACUUGAAAAAAGCAACGGUGCCAGCACGGUCUUCAACCCCAGCGUCUUGCACUACCAGCAGGCCCUGACCAGUGCGCAGCUGCAGCAGCACGCGGCCUUCAUUCCCACAGUACCCAUGAUGCACAGCGCUACGUCCGCCACUGUCUCUGCAGCAACAACUCCUGCAACAAGUGUCCCCUUCGCAGCAACAGCCACAGCCAAUCAGAUAAUUCUGAAAUAAUCAACAGAAAUGGAAUGGAAUGCCAAGAAUCUGCAUUGAGAGUAACUAAGCAUUGUUACUGUACAUACUAUCCUGUUUCCUCCUCGAUAGAAUUGCCACAAACUGCAUGCUAAAUUUAGUUCUUCUGGACAGACCACAACCCUAAGGCUAGUUCUGCUAUGUCAUAUAGGAAUAUUAAAUAUGGUAUGCUUAGUAUAUUCCAGCCUAAGAUAGUUAACUACCUGAGACCAGCCACGAUGCUCAAGGGCAUAAGGAUGAGAUUUUCUUUUACAGGGUUCUAAGCAUAGUUUCUGUCCUAGGAAUAUUGUCUUAUCUCCCUAACUAUAGCUGAUGCAGAAAGUCCAGCCAAUAUACUCAUUUCGACUCAGAAUAUUUCAAAUUUAGCAAUAAACAGUUAGCAUUAGUUUAAGUACCUAUUCCAAGGGCAGGUUUGAUUCUAGCUCCAGUCACCACCAUUUCAUUUCCUGACUGGAUCAAAGGGUAUGAUUCACUUCUUGGCGAGAUGAACGCUGCAACAAAGACAGGAAGUGAAGUAAAACGUAGACCUGCCUUGCAGGUCUAAAAUUUGAAUGGCAGUUCAAGCACAAUUGCUGGGGACACAUCAGGGUGUGGGAUUCGGUUUGCCUGGAGAUGCCGCACUGAAUCAUGGGAUUCUAGAAUAACAUUGUGUAGAUUGAAAAAAAAAAAAAAAAAAAAAAAAACACUUUGCACGGUAUGAGCUUCAUACCCACCCAACAAAGUCUUGAAGGUAUUAUUUUACAAGUAUAUUUUUAAAGUUCUUUUAUAAGAGAGACUUUGUAGAAGUGCCUAGAUUUUGCCAGACUUCAUCCAGCUUGACAAGAAUGAAAGGCUCAUGCCAGGAGUCGACCCUAAGGGAUCGGUCUUUCAAACUCACCCUCCAGUGGCCUGUUGCCGAGUAACUCUACACUAAAACCUAGUCAAACAGGGGAGCUGUAGGUGAGGAGGUCUGUAUAAUAUUCCAGUUUAAGUACGUCUGAGUUUAGUCACUACAGAUGCAAACUGUGACUUUAAUCUAAAUUACUAUGUAAACAAAAAGUCGAUAGUUUCACUUUUUAACAAUCCAUUACUGUUUCUGCAUUUCAAAAGUUGGAUUAAAGGGUUGCAACUAACUACAGCAUGGAAAAAUCGUUCUUUUAAUUCCUUCACCUUAAAGCAUAUUUUAUGUCUCAAAAGUAAAAAAAAUAAAAAAAAACUUUAAUACAAGUACAUACAUAUUAUAUAUACACAUACACAUGUAUACUCUAUAUGGAUGAAACAUAUUUUACUGUUGUUUACUUUUUUAAAUACUUGGUUGAUCUUCAAGGUAAUAGCGAUACAAUUAAAUUUUGUUCAGAAGGUUUGUUUUAAAGUUUAUUUUCAGCACUAUCGUACCAAAUAUUUCAUAUUUCACAUUUUCUAUGUUGCACAUAGCCUACACAGUACCUACAUAGUUUUUAAAUUAUUGUUUAAGAAAUGAAACAGCUGUUUUAAAUGGAUAUUAUGUGUAAUUGUUUAAAACAUCCAUUUUCUUUGUGAACAUUUUAGUGAUUGAAGUAUUUUGACUUUUGAGAUUGAAUGUAAAAUAUUUUAAAUUUCGGUAUCAUUGCCUGUUCUGAAAACUAGAGGCAUCAACCAUAUCAUUUUUUUUUUAUUGAGAAAAAGAUCUGCAUUUAAUUCAUGUUGGUCGAAGUCUAAUUACUAUCUAUUUAUCUUACAUCAUAGAUCUGAUAACUGUAUCAAAAGAAAAAUCACAUUCUGAGUGUAAUCUUGCGUAGUGCUUGUAUCGUGUUUGUUUUAAUUUGUGAAAAGGUAUUGUAUCUAACUUGUAUCACCUCGAUAGCUCUCAUCUUUAUGUAUCACUGAUAUUUGUAAUUUUCUCAGCUAUAACAAUGUAGUUACGCUACAACUUGCCUAAAACACUCAUACUUAUUUUUUUUUCUUUGCUUAUUCAUUUAAACUCAUUGAGAAGAUAGUAGACAUUACUAGAAGGUAAAUUAUGGGAGUCACUGAGAUAUUUUUGUAGACUAAUUAUUGUAACUGUCUUCUUUCCUUUCAUUUCAUGUUUUUUAUUUUAAAAUUAUUAGCACAUAGCUAUUUUCAGCCCUUAAUAAUGAAGCAUAAAAACAUCACCUAUAUCCCCAGCAAAUAUAGAUGACUGUAUUUUUUACUAUGAUAUCCAUUUUCCAGAAUUGUGAUUAUAAUAUGCAGAGUCAAAUAUACCAUUUACAAUGAGGAGGAGGCAAGGCAAAUGCAUAGAUGUACAAAUAUAUGUACAACAGAUUUUGCUUUUUAUUUAUUUAUAAUGUAAUUUUAUAGAAUAAUUCUGGGAUUUGAGAGGAUCUAAAACUAUUUUUCUGUAUAAAUAUUAUUUGCCAAAAGUUUGUUUAUAUUCAGAAGUCUGACUAUGAUGAAUAAAUCUUAAAUGCUUUGUUUAAUUACAAAAACAAAAUCACCAAUAUCCAAGACAGGAAGAUAUCAAUUCAACAGCUACUGUAGUUCGGAGAACUAACUCCACUUGCUCGGGAACUCCAUUUCACUCUUGGUUUUCAGGAUAUAACUGCACUUCACAGAAAUAUUCUUUCAGCCAUAUAGCACUGGUCACAUUUCUACUAAAUCUUUCUGUAACACUCUUAAAGAAUUCCCUCAUUCGUUAUCUGACCGCGUAAACAGGAGUCUAAUUUGUAUCAAUUCUAUGUUUUGGUUGUAAUAUUCAGUUCACUCACCCGAUGUACAACCAAUGAAAUAAAAGAAGCAUUUAAAAGGA